UAAUACUCUUAAAUGUUAGCACACAUAUUUGCGCGGUGUAGGAGAAUUCGAUAGGAUUCUAAGCUUGCUUAUAGUGAUUAACAUGGACCCAACGUAGUUCCUCUAGUAUGAGCCUGUAACACAUAGUAUGCCACCAGGUUUAUGCUUUGUAUUUUGCAGGUAACAAUGAAGUGCAUCAUGUGUCAUCCCAAGCCGCCGGCGACACUCGCCAUGCUAAUAGUAUUGGCUUUGCUGCUUCUGUUUUAUGGAGCUGGCAAUGUCCAUUGCUCGACAAUUCAUGAGAACAGAGAAGAUCUGCGCGCACUGCUCGAGUUCAAGCAGGGAAUCACCAGCGAUCCACAUGGAGCCUUGAUUAGUUGGAAUACCAGCGUCCACUUCUGUCGGUGGAAUGGUGUCGCGUGCACCUCGACGCGACCAUGGCGCGUCUUGAGGCUCAACCUCACAAGCCAAAGUUUAGCAGGGCAAAUCAGCUCCUCUGUUGGCAACCUAACCUUCCUUAAUAAUCUUGACCUCUCCUAUAAUCACUUUGUUGGUCCCUUGCCUCUUCUUAAUCGCCUCCAACAACUACAGAACCUCUAUCUGAAUUUUGUCAUAAUCGAAACCGCAUAAGACAAAUGUCACACUAUUUUUCUAUUAACUGAUUUGCUUGAGCUGCCUCCGCGGUGCUCAGUUCGGAAUUUCUCUGUCCGGUUCCUGCUGAAAAGUAAGGAGCUGAACAAGAAGUAGAACUCUGGAAUUCAAGGCUGGACAUGCCGCAACAAUCUUGUCCAGCUCAGGAGAUGGAAGCUGAAAAGAAAAGAGAGAGACAACGCAAGUGGCAGUAGCUAAAAGAAAAGUGGCAGUAACUAACUGGAAAGUUUGACGGACUCAGGGUCUUCGCUAAUGGCGGUCAAGCUAAGAUAAUGCGUGAGUGACAAUGCAAGUGUGUGGAUGUAAUGGCGUUGUAAAACUGUUUUUAAACCCCUGGGGCCUGAACCAGCUGAGUAUCCAACUCGAAGCUCACAGUUCACACACCAGUACACCACCCAGCAAAACCGAGAACGAAAAGGCUGCUUGCAUUCUGCGCUCCAGCCGAGUAGAGGUGACAAUGAAGUGCAUCAUGUGUCAUCCCACACCGCCGGCGACACUCGCCAUGCUAAUAGUAUUGCCUUUGCUGCUUCUGUUUUAUGGAGCUGGCAAUGUCCAUUGCUCGACAAUUCAUGAGAACAGAGAAGAUCUGAACGCACUGCUCGAGUUCAAGCAGGGGAUCACCGGCGAUCCAUAUGGAGCCUUGAGCAAUUGGACUGCCAGUGCCCACUUCUGUCGGUGGAAUGGUGUCACGUGCACCUCGACGCGACCAUGGCGCGUCCAGUUGCUCAACCUCACAAGCCAAAGUUUAACAGGGCAAAUCAGCUCCUCUGUUGGCAACCUAACCUUCCUUAAAUAUCUUGACCUCUCCAAUAACAAAUUUGUUGGUCCCUUGCCUCUUCUUAACCGUCUCCAACAACUACAGUACCUCGAUCUGAACCACAAUAAUUUGUCUGGGAUCAUCCCUGAUACACUUGCGAACUGCUCCAACUUGAUCACCUUAGACUUAUCUUCAAACUUGCUAGUGAAUUCAAUUCCUCCGAAAUUAGGCCUACUCUCAAAUCUACAAUAUCUCAGUUUGGGUUCAAAUCAACUCGAGGGAAGCAUUCCCGGUGAGCUUGGCCAAUUGGUGAAUUUAGGAAGCUUGCUCCUAGGUGACAAUAGGCUUUCAGGUGAAAUCCCACAUGCCAUCUUUAAUCUUUCUUCUCUACAAUAUCUAAGUCUAGAGAUGAAUAUGCUAGGCAAGGCAUUGCCACCUAACAUGGGAGACCUUCUUCGUAAUCUCACAGAACUUAGCUUGAGUAAAAACUUUUUUGAAGGUCACAUCCCACCUUCCCUAGGCAACGCACUAGGGUUAACAAAGAUAUAUCUAUCAACUAACUAUUUCACUGGGCAGAUUCCUACUUCUUUCGGAAAACUUUCAGGGUUGACUCUUCUAAACCUUGAGAAGAACCAGCUUGUAGCAAGGGACGACAAGGACUGGGAAUUCUUGAAUGCAUUAGAAAAUUGUACAUCUCUAGAAGUACUCUCACUCGCUGGGAAUAAUCUUCAGGGAUCUUUACCGCCGUCGAUCGGUAAUCUAUCCACCAGCCUUCAAUAUCUUUUGUUGGGUGGGAACAGUUUGUCAGGACAAAUUCCACAGGGCAUAGGGAAACUUAGUGCCUUAAUUAAAUUGGGACUAGGUGGCAACUAUUUUAGUGGUACAAUUGAAGGAUGGAUUGAAAACUUAAAAAACCUACAAACACUACUUCUCGAUUCGAACAACUUCACUGGGCCAAUCCGGAAGUGGCUGUGAAGGUUUUUGACCUGGAGAUGGGUGGAGCAGAGAAAAGUUUCUUGAAAGAAUGUGAAGUGCUGAGAAGCAUUCAGCAUAGGAAUCUUCUUUCCAUCGUAACUGCUUGCUCGGUUGUAGACUAUAUAGGCAGUGUUUUUAAAGCUUUAGUUUAUAAGUUCAUGGCCAAUGGUAACCUAGACAGAUGGUUACAUCACAAAGGGGACGAGACAUCUCACAAACCACUAAGCUUAACUCAAAGAUUAACCAUAGUGGUUAACAUAGCUGAUGCAUUGGACUAUUUACACCACGACUGUGGAAGGCCCACUAUCCACUGUGAUCUGAAACCUAGCAAUGUUCUUCUGGAUGAUGAUAUGAAUGCUCUUCUGGCAGACUUCGGCAUAGCAAUUUUCUACCAUGAUUCUUGGUCAACAUCAACUGGUUCAAUCAGUUCAUCAGUCGGUGUGAAUGGGACUAUAGGAUAUAUUUCUCCAGAGUAUGCGGGACGUGGCCGCCAUUCAACUUCUGACGAUGUUUAUGGUUUUGGGAUAAUAUUGCUGGAAAUGAUUAUUGGAAAGAGACCAACAGAUCCUAUGUUCAAGGAUGGAGUCAGCAUUGUCAACUUUGUCGAUAGCAACUUUCCGCAUGAAAUAGUUCACGUCAUCGACGCUCAUCUAGCAGAAGAAUGGAAGGACUUUGCUCAAGAAAAGAAGGCGUCAGAAAAUGCAGUUCAUCAAUGCUUGGUAUCUGUGCUGCAAGUAGCACAUUCCUGUACGAACCCAAUACCAAGCGAACGAAUGAACAUGAAAGAAAUAGCAAGAAGAAUGCUUACUGUUGGAAUAUAUAUAUGGUAGGUUAGAGAUAGAUUUGAGUUGUAAUU